AUGGACACUCAGUCAGACCAGGCCUCCAAGGCCCUUGUUCGGAAGCGAACAGAUACCGAGUUGAUGCCUGCACCACCGCCUGUCAAAAAGAUCAAGAGACCCAAGAAGGUCCUCGAUGAAGAUUCAUACACCGAUGCUCUCUCACAAAUUAUUGCGAGAGAUUUCUUUCCUGGUCUGCUGGAAACUGAAACCCAACAAGAGUAUCUCGAUGCUCUCGAAUCCAAGGAUGCUGCCUGGAUAUCGAGCGCAAGCCGGAGAUUGCAGCAUGUAAUGACACCAGGACGGCACAAGGCAACACCAGCACCUCAACCAUUCAACGAUGGCGGUCGCACUCCUACCGCCUUUGUAGGAGACACGCCUAGAUCCAUCGCAUCCAGAGUGGCGCAUGAAUGCUCCAAGCUCGACACCAAUAUGAGCCUUUCCAAAUUUCAAGCAACAUACACAAGUGAAGACAAUGAAAGCUUUUACAAAUUGGUCGACAAGCAGAACCAGAAAAAGGCCGACAAAUAUGCCUGGUUGUGGCGAGGAAACAAACUCCCUUCCAAAAUGAUGAUGAAGCAGAAGGAGGUUACAGACAGGCUGGCGGAAACUCAUAGUCUGGUGGACGAUGGCUUUGAACGCGACAGGCUCGCCAUCAAGGACCGUGAGGACCGACCAGCUAGACCAGAUGCUUGGAAUGCGGCACCCCAAAAUGGGCUCAUGUUUGAGCCGACAGGCCUCGAAGACGGCGUAGUAACCAUGGCUCAGCAAGCCGACGAUGCGUCUCGAAUGCCCCCCAGGGCUAUCGUCUACGCGAACACACGAGCCCCUCAACCCCAUGUGCCUGAGCGACCGCCAUCCCCUACCAUGUCGUCUGUGAGGGAUGCCAUUGCAGGAAAGCCUCGCCCAGACGACCAAGAUUCUAGCGUUGUUGGUGGCGGCGAGACUCCAAAGGUUAAUGGCUACUCCUUCGUCGAUGACGAGGAUGACGAUAAGCCAGACAUUUCCGCAGCGCAGAAUACCAUCAAUUUGGGUCCCGGCGACUCUCAUAAUCCGUUCAAACUUCAGGAGCAAAGGAAGAGGGAGCUUCUCCAUGAACGCAUGGUAGAUCGAAUCUCCAAAUCUAACAAGGAAUCGUCACGGCAUGGCUUCACUGGUAAAGAUGCGACGCCGACAGUUCCCAAAUUUCCCAGCAGCCCUAGAGUUUCGGGAGACCUGACACCUGCCGCUCAAAGAUUAUGGAGCAAGAUGGCCACUCCACGCAACAAGACUCCAGGAAGUUCUUUUGGGUCGUCUACUCCUCUAAGACCGAGAGGAUCACUGUUAAGAAGCGUAACUCAACCCGGCACCAAAAAGGACUAG